AUGUAUGUCGUCCGAUACAACUGGAAACUUAUAUUUAUUCUGAUGGCUCUUUUCGUUGUACUAGGUAUUCUAAUUUGUACAACUUCUGCAUGGGGCCAGUGGAGGACGAAUCAAAGGACCCAUCAGCUUUCUCUGCUUCCUGAAUCUUCAACAUUGAGAUUAUGUAGAGAUUUUACCAAUCAGACAAGAUUCAAAGAAAUUUUGGCACCAUUAAUGGUACCACGUGUUGUGGAUACUCCUCAACAUAGAAAAGUUGGAGAUUAUCUACAAGAAUUUCUUCAUAACUUGGGAUUCGCCACAGAAUGGGAUGCUUUCACGGACACAACACCGUUGGGUACUCGAAACUUCCGAAACCUAAUUGCUACGUUCGACGAAAAUGCUCCACGUCGUCUUGUACUUGCCUGCCAUUACGACUCCAAAAUAAUACCGGGUCAAAUAAUGAUUGCUGCAACCGACUCUGCUGUUCCAUGUGCAAUGAUGCUCGAUAUUGCACAGACUCUUGCUCCAUACAUGUACAAACGUGUAGCUCAACAAAUAGGGCUCCAAUUGAUUUUCUUCGAUGGUGAGGAGGCAUUCCGUGAUUGGACUGCGACGGAUUCUCUAUAUGGAUCAAGACACUUGGCUCAAAAAUGGGAGCAAAAAUGGUAUCCAUCUUCCAGCAGUCUCAAUAACUUUGAACUCAGCAAAGAAAUAGACAGAAUCGAUGUUCUGAUGCUUCUCGAUCUUCUUGGAGCCGCAAAUCCAUCGAUUGGAAAUACGAUUGGAAUGGGAGCCACUGAGCUUUUCAGUCAGUUAGCUGAUGUUGAAUCGAAUCUUCGAACAUCUGGUUGCUUGAGCUCAUUGAGGCGAAAUGUUUUCAACAAGCAGUUGUCGUAUAACCAAGUCGAAGAUGAUCAUAUUCCGUUCUUGAAAAGAGGUGUACCAAUUCUUCAUCUAAUCACCGUUCCUUUCCCAUCUGUCUGGCAUCGUGUUUCGGACAAUGGCAAUGCUCUUCACUAUCCAACAAUCGAUCACAUGACAUCUGUGAUCCGUGUAUUUGUCGCUAAAUAUCUGGGAAUCGCACCGGCCUAA